AUGGGCACUGGGCUCAGAGCAGAUUCAGAGCUCCUCGAACAUGAGACCAGCGCGGCCCUCCUGUGUAUGUUUGUAGAGGAAGUUUUUUACAAUCCAAAGCAAGUCCUCGAGUUCCUGGACUUGAAGGAACGUGAUGCUGAGAGAGUCCUGCAAAUCUUCUCAAGGUACCUGCAAAGCGAGUGCAGCGAGAGGCGUCACCUGGCGUUCAAGGCCCUUCUCAAACUCACUGACGAUCCCUCGAUGGUUUCUCAGGAAACACUACAUCGUGUGGUCAAAUUCCUGAAGAGGAAAGAUCUAGAAAAACUGGCGAGGAAGGAGAAACUCUGGAUUUUCGCCAAUUGCCUACUGCACUACGGGACCCUCCUGGGCAGCAGAGCUUGUGCCCACAUGGCAGCAGCUGCCUGGGCCAGUGGCUUUCUCAAUGCUCUGGUGCACACGGCCAAUACAUUUUACCUUUCCCUGUGCCAUGGCAAUGCCCUGGGCCAGAUCUUCUGUGAAAUCCCACAGAUCCUCAAGCUCUCCUGCUCCAAAUCCUACCUUAGGGAAUUUGGGCUGCUUGCUGUUAGUGCCUGUUUAUCAUUUGGUUGUUUUGUGUUCGUUGUUUUCUCCUACGUGCAGAUCUUCAGGGCUGUUCUGAGGAUUCCCUCUGAGCAGGGAUGGCACAAAGCCUUUUCCACCUGCCUCCCUCACCUGGCUGUGGUCUCUCUUUUCUAUAGCACUGGCACAUUUGCCUACCUGAAGCCCCCCUCCAUGUCCUCCCCAUCCCUGGAUGUGGCCCUGUCAGUUCUGUACUCAGUGGUGCCUCCACAGAUCAACAUUCCCAGACAACUUGUUGUCAUCUUCAAAUUUGACGAUGGUGGACAAAAUCUCCUCAUCCAGAUCAUCAAUGCAGAUAUUGAAAUCCACACUGGCUAG